ACGUCCAGGAUCGGGAUGACCCGUGGCAAAAUUCAGCACCAGGUUACAUCAAGUCUUCAGAGGAGGGGACCCGGUUUCUAUUUAGUGCAGGAACACCCCAUGAAUUUUGGUGUAACGUGUGGAAAUCAACUAACCCCGGAAAACACUCGCCAACCUUUUGAGAAAACAGCAUCACGAACAAGUGUUUUUGCGGAGCACAGGCGACAAGGCCCCCGUGUGCUGCUGCCGCAUCCCCGUUUUGGGGGUGAAACCCCGCAUUUCGGCUCUCCUCAGAGGGAAGCGGGCAGUCGGGCGCCGCAGCCCCGGCCGGCCAGCCGACCGGCCUGCAAGGGAGGGAGCUGCCGGGCUCCGUACCGCGCCGGGGAACCGGCCCUGCGCUGCAGCCGGCAGCCGCCCGGCCGCGGGCACCGCCGCGGGCUCUGCCCGUACCGGGGCCGCACCGCGCCCUGCCCGGCUCGGCUGGGCCCUGCCCGGCUGGGGUCGGCCCUGCCCGCCGCCCUCGGCCCGGCCGCCAGCGGCUGCGCACGCCUCUCCCCUUCCUCCUCCUCCUUCUCCUCCUCCACUUUCUGGCGGCCGCUGCCCCCGGCAGGGAUGGAGGCCAUCGAGGAGCUGGCGCUCAAACCCUGCACCUCCUCCCUCUACCUGCGGCCUUUCCGCCUCUGUUACCGGCAGAAUGGCACUAAGAAGUUCUGGGAUUUUAUGAGGACACAUGACAGUGUGUCAGUCCUGAUCUUUAAUACUUCUCGGCAGUGCUUUGUUGUGGUGAAGCAGUUCCGCCCAGCUGUUUACAUGUGUGAAGUAGAAAGGCAUCAUCCUGACGUGUUUCAGAAUCAGGAGAAGGAAAGCUUCUCUCGUCUAGAGGAUCCCUUACCUGCUGUGGUAGGAGUGACCUAUGAACUCUGUGCUGGCAUUGUAGACAAACCAGACCUUUCUUUAGAAGAAAUUGCAUGCGGGGAAGUCUUAGAAGAGUGUGGCUAUCGUGUUCCCGUUACAGACCUACGGAGGAUCACUUCUUACAGGUCUGGAGUUGGUGUGACAGGUUCUAGGCAGACGUUGUUUUAUGUAGAAGUAACAGACCAGAUGAGAACUGGUGAAGGAGGUGGCCAGCCUGAAGAAGGAGAGCUGAUUGAAGUUGUAGAAAUACCUUUAGAAGACUCCAUGAAGUUUGCUUAUGAUGAGACUCUCCCGAAGACGAUGGGUGUCAUCUUCAGCUUCAUGUGGUUUCAAAACAACAUAGCACCUAAGCUACCAAAAAAAUAAAAUCAAAGCACCAUGAUUUUAAGAAAAGCUCUCCUGCUGGUUCUGUGGAUGCAGGAAACUGCAAAUCUGCCUUCCUCAAUCAACUUUUCACAGAGCAAAUCUUUCUUGAAAUAAAUUUGGAAGUAAAAUCUGAAUUAAAAUCCUGACCCAGUUUCCAUCAUUAGCAAAACACUAGCUUCACUGGGGCCAGGAUUUGCCUCUGAAAGGCAAAUGUUGAUUUUUGCACAAAGACAGACUAAAUGUGUCCAGUUCUCCUUUUUCAUGACACUGCUCUACCACUAUUUUGAAGAGUUGCUCAGGACCUCAGUGCAGCUGCUAUACGAGCCUGUCACUGUGGUCUGUACUUAUUGGCAGCUGUGUAUUUACUGUAGUUUCUGAUUUUUUGGGGGGGGGGGGGGACGGGGGGGGGGGAGGGCAGCAAACCUUAAUAGUCACAGAUACCCUAACUACGUCCCUGAGUUCUACACAGCUUUCAGGAAGCAGCUUUCUUUGUGGCAUGUAGCUCCUGUACAGAGAAAACGUUUGCAUUUCUGAACAUGAUGCAAACCUUUAUUUCAUAAGCAAGCAUGUCUGUAAAUCCUUGUGCUAAUGUGUCAUUUUGACAAUAGACCAGCUGUAAGAUUAUGUGCUUCUGUUUGUUCCCACUAUAAUGCUGAGCAGCAGUGAUGGCGAUCGAGGGAUGAAUGAUGGGGGCUUCUACUGGAACACAUGCUUCUUUGUUUGUUUUAUGGGUAAUAUUUGAUUAAUUAUAUCAAACUUUGUCCUCUAGAGCGAGACACGAGAAGCCAAAUUUUUUUCAUUUGACUCUGAGGUGACUAAUACAAGUGAUUUCUCUGAGGUGUUCUGUGGUCUCAGUUUCCUUAUCACCCAAAUGGGAAGAAUGGUACUUGCCCCUCAGGUAACGCUCCUUGAAAUCUAAUGAUCGAAGUGCUUUAUUGAGAGAUUUUAUCAUCAUUUGUGCAGUUUACAUUGAAGCCCGUGCAGCCUGCACAGAUGUACUGAGUGACACAAUUUGAUGUAAUAAAAAGUGGUCUAAUUGGAGCGUAUAUUACUUGUUCUAUCAGUGUAGUUUAGAUGCGGACUGUUUUUCAUGUGAAACUGUUAAGAGCAUGAAUGAAAGAGAAUCAAGUCUGGCAAUUUAAUUAUGCACUGGUUUAUGUUAUGCACUGACUUAAAUGUUAAUUAACAUGCCUAUAUUGUAUGUGCUUCUAGGAUUACUGAGGUACUAAGUAUGUUUAGAAGAUGAGUACUGUGAAUAUGCAAACUUUCAUAUAGCAGCUGGAAUAAAUGCAGUACAGGUGCCUGAUGGUAUCCAGUGGCUGAUUAAAAAUCACUGCAUAUCUAAAUAGGUGUAUGAAUAAAUAAUUUUUUUAUAAAAGCUUUUAGAACUGGUACUUGAUGGUUCUCCUACUGACAGGGAGGAAAGGUCCUUGGAAAGCCGCCGAAGAAAGAGCAGCCUUCGUCUGUGGGAGUCAGACACCUUUUGUGAAAGUUCAGACACAUUUGCGUUGAACUGUGCCUGGUCUGUGGUGAGUCAAGGGCUGAGUUAUCAUGAAAAGCAAAUAAAUUCUGUCUAAUGUAUUUACAUUGGAAGGUGGUUUAGGGCGGGGUCUCCACUGCUCUGUGUCUUUACGGUCUGUAGUACAACGUGUCCUGAUUGCUGCGGAGGCCUUUACGAACUACUACAGUUAUUUGUAAUAAAUAGUGUCUUUUAUUCCAGGCUGUAGUUACCGAAGUAUCAUCUAUUUGAUUGUGUCAAAAUUAUUACAGAGUAGCUCGUUGAUCUGUUUAGUGUCAAGCUAAUAAGUGUGUGCGUAUACACGUCAAAAGCCUUUUUUUCUGUAUAAUGCAGUAAUUCGGAAAAAUAAAUCGGUGUAGUGGAGGGGGGUCAGAGUUUGAAA